AUGGCCGACCACGACCCCGACCUCGAUCUCUUCAGUGCCUUUGACGAUUCGUCCGCGACGCUGACGCCCACGGAACAAGCCGCUGCUAGUGCCUCAUCCAAGCGAAAAGAAGCUCCUGCAUCCACCGCCGAAGAUGACCGAGCGCCGUCUCCGCCAGUGAAAAAACCGCAACAACUUGAACUGCGACAGGAAGCGCGUCUUGCCUCGACGACGCUCCAAGUCGUAGAAGGCAAACGCAUUGAUGCUUCAGUCAUUAAAGACAGUGACAACCCAGCGGCGUCAUGUGGUGUCGUGUCCACUGGUACGCAACAGAAGAACCUCAUUUCAUUCUCCGUGUACCCACCCGAGUACAAAAUCCAAGCGACUACUGGAGCUGCUGGCAAGAAUCCUGCGAAAACGUACCCUUUUACUUUAGACCCAUUCCAGCAACAAGCAGUGGACUUUAUUGAAGCUGGAGAGUCAGUGCUCGUAUCUGCUCACACGUCGGCAGGCAAGACAGCGGUCGCUGAGUACGCUAUUGCCAAGUCUCUACGGGACAAGCAGCGCGUGAUUUACACGUCGCCAAUCAAAGCGCUGAGUAAUCAAAAGUACCGGGACUUGGAAGAAGAGUUUGGUGACGUGGGUCUGAUGACGGGCGAUAUUACGAUCAACCCGUCAGCCACUUGUCUCAUCAUGACGACGGAGAUUCUUCGGAGUAUGCUCUAUCGGGGAUCUGAAGUCAUGCGUGAAGUCGCGUGGGUCAUUUACGAUGAAAUCCAUUACAUGCGAGACAAGGAACGGGGUGUUGUCUGGGAGGAGAGCAUUAUCUUGCUGCCGCACAAAGUGCGUUUUGUCUUUCUCUCGGCAACGAUCCCAAACUCGAAAGAGUUUGCGGGAUGGAUCUGUCAUAUUCACCACCAACCGUGUCACGUCGUGUACACGGACUACCGUCCAACACCUUUGCAGCACUACCUUUUUCCUGCAGGUGGAAGUGGACUGCAUUUGGUGGUGGACGAAAAGGGAAAGUUUCGUGAAGAUAAUUUCCAAAAGGCCAUUGCAACACUGGCAGCGUCAGCGGAUGAAGCAACGUCAGAACUAGCGUCUUAUGGCAGCAACACGAAGCGACGCAAAGCGCAGAAGACGAAUCCGAAGAAGAAAGUAGGCUCAGACGUGUUUCGCAUUGUGAAACUCAUUAUGGAACGCCAGUAUGACCCAGUAAUCAUUUUCUCGUUCAGCAAGCGCGAGUGCGAGUCGUACGCGCUGUCGAUGUCCAAGCUUGACUUUAACACGGAGGAAGAGAAGCAGUCGAUUGACCAGCUUUUCAAGAAUGCCAUGGACUCACUGUCGGACGAUGAUCGCGCGCUACCGCAGGUGGACUCGAUCUUGCCACUACUUCGUCGCGGUAUUGGUAUUCACCACGGUGGUUUACUGCCUAUUUUGAAGGAAGUGAUUGAGAUCUUGUUUAGUGAAGGCUUGUUGAAAUGUCUCUUUGCCACGGAGACUUUCUCGAUGGGUCUGAACAUGCCUGCGAAGACUGUGGUGUUUACCAACUGCCGAAAGUACGAUGGCAAGGGCUUCAGGUGGAUCACCGCUGGUGAGUACAUUCAGAUGUCUGGACGAGCUGGUCGUCGUUCGCUUGAUGCACGUGGUAUCGUCAUUCAGAUGCUGAGCAUGCAGAUGGAACCGCAGGUAGCUAAAGGCAUUCUGUACGGCCAAGCGGAUCCUCUUAUCAGUACUUUCCACCUCGGAUACAAUAUGUUGUUGAACUUGAUGCGUGUGGAAGACGCUGGCCCAGAGUACAUGAUCAAGCAGUCGUUUCAUCAGUUUCAGAACGAGCAAGCUGCUCCAGCGCUAGAGGAAGCUCUUGAGCGUGCAAAGGAAGAGAAGGGUCAAAUUGUGAUCAAGAAUGAGGAAGAAGUUGCGCAGUACUACUACCUGUCCCGAUCUCUUGUGCGACUCAAAGAAGAAUUCUUGAUGAUCCGCAACAAGCCCGACCAUGUUGUUCGCUUUCUGAACGGUGGUCGUCUCGUAAAACUCUACUGUCCGAACAGCGACGACAACUCGACUAAUACCGAGUGGGAUUGGGGGAUUAUUGUGAACUUUACGACCAAGAGUGCCACCGAUUCGACUUCAGCAGCUCUUGACACGAUUGUGCAUGUGCUGUUGAAUUGCGUAGCGACCAACGGCACUACAAAGUCAAAUGAUGCCACGAAUGGGAGCACCGCAUCGGAGCUGCCGACACCAGCGCCGUUAAAUAUGAUGGGCUUGUCAUCAUCCGCCUACGAAAUGAAGAUCUGUCCGGUGCCGUUGGAGAUGCUUGACCUCGUCUCAUCCCUGCGCGUGUACAUUCCGAAGGACCUGCGCACAGUCGAUAGUCGUCAGGCAGUGGGGAAGUCAGUGAAAGAGGUACUGCGUCGAUUUCCGCAGGGAGUGCCACUGCUGGACCCGCGUGAAGACAUGGAUAUCCAGGACGAACAGUUUUCGCGUGUCAUCGACAAGACAAUUGAAGCUGAAAAGAAGCUUGAAAGCUCGACGUUCCAUCGCGCCGAUGACAAGGAGACACGGUUCGCGCUAUACAAUCUCAAGAUUGAGUGUGAGGCAAAGAUACGGGAGCUUGAGCGGAAGAUCACAGAAGCCAAGUCGCUUGUGCUGCGUGACGAUCUGCGUCGCCGUCGUCGAGUUCUGCGACGACUUGAGUUUGUUGAUACAGAGGGUGUGAUUCAGCGCAAGGGUCGUACGGCGUGUGAGGUCUCAACGACCGAUGAGCUGUUGGUGACUGAAAUGAUCUUUACCGGUCAAUUCAAUGAUCUCUCUGUGAAUGACACCGUGGCGUUGCUGAGCUGCUUGAUCAACACGGAGAAAAAGAAGGACAGCGACAAGCCGCCGCAAGCUGAGAGCAUAGAGGUCCCUGUUCGUCAGCUGCGCGAGACGGCUCAGCGUAUUGCGAGGGUGAUGCAGGACGCCAAGAUUACAAUUGAUGUGGACGAGUACGCUGGUGCUUUCAACACGAGUCUGGUGGACGUCGUUAUUGCUUGGUGUCAAGGUGCCAAGUUCUCGCAGAUUUGCAAGAUGUCGGACGCGUUUGAGGGCACAAUCAUUCGUUGUUUGCGUCGUUUGGAAGAGCUGUUACGCCAACUUACACUGGCUGCUCACUCGAUUGGCGACGUCGAGCUUGAAAAGAAGUUUGACGAGGGAGGCAAGAAUCUCAAGCGCGACAUCGUUUUUGCCGCCUCUCUUUACCUGUAG